CUGUUGCAAGGAGAACGGCCGUCCUCCUUCAAUGGUCCAUAGUUUCAGCGUGUGUUUUAGUGUUUGCAGGUCUCCACGUGCUGGGCUCGAGCAGCAGUAUCUUUAGUAGAGUAGCUGUAGUUUUCAGUUGUAGGUAGCAUGGAGACAGAUAGUCCUCAGAGUAAUUCCGUUAGUCCUAACGACUUGUCUCAGGAUCCCGGGAAAAUGUUUAUUGGUGGUCUAAGCUGGCAAACAGCACCAGAGACGCUGAGGGAAUACUUCAUAAAAUAUGGAGAAAUCAGCGAAGUGAUGGUAAUGAAAGACCCUUCUACCCGAAGAUCACGUGGUUUUGGUUUCGUAACUUUUGCUGACCCCAAUAGUGUAGACAAAGUUUUAGCCAACGGACCUCACGAACUUGACGGGAAAAAGAUAGAUCCGAAGAUAGCAUUUCCCAAACGAGCACACCCAAAGAUGGUAACGCGUACUAAGAAGGUUUUCGUUGGAGGUCUCUCAGCGCCAACUACGCUAGAGGAUGUAAAAAGUUACUUCCAACAGUAUGGACUGAUAGAAGACGCAAUGCUCAUGUUUGACAAACAAACCAACAGGCACAGAGGUUUUGGUUUUGUGACGUUCGAAAACGAAGAUGUCGUAGACAAAAUCUGUGAAAUCCACUUUCAUGAAAUCAAUAACAAAAUGGUUGAGUGUAAGAAAGCUCAACCGAAAGAGGUGAUGAUGCCAAACAACGUGGCACGAGGAAGGGGAACUGGUCGAGGAGGUUACGGUGAGUUUGACCUUGUUUGGCCCCUUGGAGCAUUAACAGAAGUAGGAUUCCCAGCGGCUUACAGCUACGGGCGAGGAGGAUACACUGGCUAUCCGGGAUUUGGCUAUCCGUUCGCAGUUUUCCUCCCCACAUCUUCUUCAGGCUUCUCUAGCUUCAGCUAUCUCCCUACUCCUGCUACAGCCACAGCAGAUCGUCCCCAAACAACUUACUAUGGUGAACCUUUCUCCACUGCCCCUGUCAUUAACGUCACUCGCCCUGAGCCGGCUUCCAUAACUAUUACCAAUACCACAGUACAUAGGGAGCAUUAUAUACCCCAUCGACCCGCAGUGGAACUAAAUGGCCACCAAACUUCGCCCCCACUUAUUACCCAAGCACUCUCAGUAAUAAACAACUAUGGCCCCCAAGGAUUUGCUCCGCCCACUUCCCCAGCCAAUAACCGUGGAUGGCCUGCCUCCAACAGUCCAGGACCUCUUGAACUUUACAAUUCCAGUCAAGACAACGUGGGAUAUGUCCAGGCUACCAGUCCACAGUCCUCAGGAUACCCUCAUAUGGCUGGUCCCUUGAUAGCUGCGGCUUUUACAAAUGGAUACCAUUGAGUUAGAGCGAUAAGGAGCGAAGAAGCGACCGAUUGGAAGCGGAUGUGAGCUGAGCUCGGGGAUCAUCAAGGAGAACUGAGCCUUUUUUGUUUUUGCUUUCUCCUAACAUAUAAACGCAAAUGCGACACCGGCUACUUCGUGAAGUUUAUUGAUUAGAGAACCAACAAGAUAUUUUUCUGAUAAAAAGUAGCCUCUUCCGCUUCAAGUGAUUGUCCCUCUCCUCCUCCUCCUCACUCUGGUCAGAAGACAUCAUAUUUCAAUGCUGGACAAGCGUGGUAACCUAAUACCGACAGUUUCGGUUUUUAUUUUUCACCUACACCGAUAUUUGACACGACCAAUCAGUUGUGGAAAGAAAAAAAAUAUCUCGUUAUUUCAUGAUUUAUAUUCAUGGAAACAUGGAUGCAUACUUUUUUAGUCUUUUUGAAAAUGUAAAUUUUAAAUAUAUCGUUUGACGUGCCGCUUCGUUAAGAAACGGUAGUAUUUAUUGUUACCGAUGGUACGAACAGAAAACAAGAGGAUCCUCUAUUGUUAAGCGGUUACAAUGCUGGUAUUAGGGAAGAAUAAAACAUUUUUUGUAAUGUUACAUCUAGACAGUUUAAUGGAAUUAUGUGAUUUAAACAGUCUUUCCUGGUGUUUUUGAUGUUUUAUUAUGUAGAGUUUGAUGUUUCUUAUGUUGGUUUCAACGAUGAACAGUGAUUUGUUUUCGUCAAAAAGUUCAAAUAUACAGAUUGUAUGUGAUACUGAAUCCCUUACUGGGUAAUGAAUACACUAGCACCUUUAUAUUUACGUUGAUAUCGUAAGGUUUCAUCCCGAAAAUGUAUUUUAACGCCCAUUUUAUGAAUACAGUGAGCAAAGAAAUUUAAAUCAAAUGAAAAAUUACUAGAAAUAUUACAACAAUUAGUUUGAGAAAGGUUGCAAUGUUGUCCGUUUAAAAAAAAAAAGUCGAGUAUUGACUAAAAUAUAUGAUGUUUAAACGGGUAAAAAAGUUGCCAUUGCCUGCACAUCCUGCCACUGUUUUGAAGCAAUUAAUUCGAGAGCAAUACCAGAGCAAUUUAAUAUUGUUUUUUUAUAUUUUAUAUCAAUAGCAUGUAUGGACUAUGGCAUGAGGAUCGUAACAUCAUGAAACUUAAAUUCUCUAGUUCAUCGUGAUGAAGUAAACCAAGUGCCCCAUUUUGUUUUGAUUUUUAAGAAUGCUUAUUUCAGAAUCAUACAUCAAUGCGAACAAUACACACAACUAGCAUUUGUUUUUAAAAGAUAAAUUACAAGCAAAAUUCAAAGAGAGAGAGCGAUAUUUAAGAGAAUGAACGUAGGGUUUGGUAGUUUCUAGAUUAGUAUGCUACACUUACAAUAUUUAAGCAAGCAAAUAUGAAGUGCUGUUAAUGUAAACCUGAAAUUAAAAUAGAACUAGGCAACCUAUAUUUUUUACAUUUGUCACAGUAUAUUUUUGUUUCUGCAGUUUAUUCACGAAAAACUGCUAAAAUAGAUAUAACAUACUUUGUAAAAUGUUUAUGUUUUAGUUUUUAUGUCUUCACAUUAUAAUACACUUACAAAAGAAAAAUGGUUCAUAUGGAAGUUUAACCUAAACAGGGAAAGUGGUUUCAAGAGAUGUUUUGUUUUUUCAUUAUGACAAGAAAAGUUUUAUUUUAUUUAUGUUUUAAAUAAAUUACUUUAUAUACCACAGCUACCAGCAUCGCGGAAAAUUAGACUCAUAGAAAGAAAUUUUGACAAAAUUAGUAACCUUGAUACUGUUCCUCUAUAGUAUGUAUUGCACUUAACGUAUUCGGAUAUAAUACAAGGCAACAUGAAAAUGUAAGUUUUGUGAAUUUUGUGUUUCAAUUUCACUUCUACAUGCUAUUUUAUAUCUCUCCUACAUAAACAUACUUUGACAAAAAUUCUGUAUCCUCUAUAUUUUUCACUUCAUUCUUAGUAUUCGAUGACGAGGAACCCACUUUGAGACUAAUAAUGGCUGGAGACGGCUUGAAUGGGUAAUGA